GCUAAGUUUGCCAGUCCACUGUACACCACAGAGAUGACCACUGAGGUGGAGGGCAGUGUUCCUGUCUUCAAAGUCAUCUACAAGUCCUCUGCUACCUCUCCUAUCGUCAUCUUGGAAUAUGACAUGGAUGCUUCUGCUACUACAACCUUUGAGAAUGAAAUCUUCAGCGUGAACAACAAGGCUGUCCUGACACAUGCUGACCUGACCAUGGAUGUCAACCAUGUCAUCAGUCAAGCUUUUGGGAGCCAAGCUGACGACAGUUCCUCUGCUCAUACACUGAAUGUGGACAUCACCAGUCCUACUUUCACUGAUGUGAACCUUCGCUAUGCUGCGCGCAGAGAUGGUACCAGUGCCUCAGUAUCAACCCCAUCCGCUGGCUUUCUAGGCUUUCAGUUCAAUGGUAGAGUCCCAUCUCAGAUGACUGCAAGAUUCUAUGGCCGUUAUCCUUCUACCCCAGACGUUGAUGUCGACAUCAUGGUCGUUAGAUCUUCUCCUAAGGAUGCUGAUAAGAUGAGCAUGCAGAUUGCCUACAAUAUGGAGGCACCCAAAGCAAUGCUCUCUGAGCUCAAGAUGAAACUCCCUUCCAUCUUCUCUGCAUUCACCACAUUUGCUGACAAGUACCAGAUCACAAACAGUGUGGAGGCAGUGAAAGCCUUUGUCACUAAACAGUUCAACGAUGCCUAUAAUGUUGCAAUGAAUUAUGACGAUCAGUUGAGCCAGCUGUCAAUUUUCUUCAGGAACGUCAUUGUCCAGUAUCAGAAAACUGUCCAGGUCUUCUUGGAUGCUGUCAUCAAAGUUUUAAGGGAGACCAAGUUUAAACUGCCAGGGUCUGAUGAGCUCACCACUAUCCCUGAGGUCCUAAAGAAGCUGACCAGCAGCAUUGCUGCUAUGCUUGAGGCAACCCUCCAAAUGAUCUUUGACAAUAUGGAGGUUUUCUACAACUUUUUUGUUGAGACUAUCAGCAAGGUGAAAGUGCGCAUGCCAGUCGGUGAUGCAAUCACUGGAGGCCAAAUCAUUGAUCAGGUCAAAGCAGCUUUUAAGCUAAUCUCUGCUGAACUGGUGGACUUUAUAAAAAAUAUGGAAAGUCUUGACACAAUGCUGGAGAAGAUUAAUGAGACCGUGAAGGCAAUUGUUGACAAAACUCAAGAGCUUAUUGACUCCAUCAGCUCUGACUUUUUAGAUGCAGUGUUUAUCAAGGUCAAUGAGUUCUAUCGUAACCUUGUAACAGGCAUUAUGAGAACAGCUGAGCGCUUCCCCAUUCUUAAUGUGGAGAAUUUGAGCAGACGGUGUGAGCAGGUUAUAGAUAACUUGAUUUUUGUCAUCUCCCAGUUCAAUGAUGCUGUUUAUGGAUUUCUGCAACAAGCUUCAGCACAAGCUCAAGCCUACAUGAAAGUUACGGAUGGGAAGCUUGAGGUUGACCUUCCAUUUCCCUUCCAACAGUGAGGAGCCCUCACAGACUGAAGCCUAAGUCCAUAUGAAACACUACCACCUGUUCACAACACAUCCUUGGAAAGAGUGUGGACGUUUAGCUCUUUAACAGUAUUUAUAGCAAUGCCUUUAAUAGAAACACCUGUUCUAUCAUGUUAAAUUAGAUGCUUUAUUGUGUACAAACAUUGAACAUGUAACAUUUCACUGAAACUCACCUUCCAGCAAAGAGUGCAAAGCAUCAAUAAAGUCCAUUGAUACAACCCGUAAA